UGCUUGCUCCUUAAUAUUAUUCCGUAGACUCAUAUUUUGAUUGUAUAGAAUGUUGCACAAACUAUCAGGACUUUUGGUCUCGCCUUUUCUGUCACCUGUGAUGCUCCAGUCCGAAUUGUAAUUCUCGCUAAACACCUUCUCUACCACUUGUAUCGACUUUUUGGGCGUGCCAUAUUCCUCAGGCUGUCGUGGAUUGAAUAGUUCAAUGCUUCUUGCGAUCGCCAAGAAAGAAAACUCUCAAAGUGCCACUAUCUCGCUCAUUUUUGAUGAUUCCGCGGCUACACUCUCAAUGUCUCAGAAGUUCUCAAAUAUCACGACGUCAUGCGCCGUCAUUGAAGCCAACUAUGUCCUCAACGCCAUUCGCCACUUUCGCCUUCGCUCUCGUCGUCUGCGGCAAGCUUCUGGAAAGCAAUGCCCUCGCCAUCAUCAGGGACGACCAUUCGAUUGGGUUUUAUUUUAAUGCUCAUUAUAAACCGACAAACGACGCUACGAACACAACUUUUGGGUCACUCGUUUCAGUCACUAGUGAAUCAGACUUGGAGUACCUCGGGCAGGUCAACGUAGGAGGACAUGAUUUUAACCUAGUGCUCGAUACCGGGUCCAGCGAUUUGUGGGUCACUGGUCAACAAAUCAAGAUCAACAGCGAGACAUCCGACAAUCUCAACCUCACAUAUGGAAUUGGUUCCGCCUCGGGAAACAUCGCUUACACCACUGUUCAACUUGGGACUUAUCAAGUGCAAAAUCAAGCGUUUUUAAAUGUUGACAAAACGUACCAGCAAGGGGCCGAUGGAAUUCUCGGUCUUGGCUUUAUAUCACUAUCCAUGAUCGAGAAAAAAAUCAAGAAAAAAGCCGCCCGCCCUAUAAUGGCAAACCUUUUUGAACAAAAUCCGACAACACCGAAUUUUAUGGCUUUAGCGCUCGAGCGCACGACUGAUAAUGAAAAUACGUCUGGAGGCGCUAUCACGAUUGGAGAAUACGACCCACAAUUCAAGGAUGUCUCCGGGACACCUAAAUACCCCCUUGCGCCUUCGACGUCGUCGCGCUGGACUAUUGCGCUAUCGGGCAUGCAGGUCAAUGGCCACGACGUGACACUCAAGUCGGUAGUCAAGGGAGCAAAUAAAGGGACUGCUAUUUCUCUCAUCGACAGCGGAACCAGUUUGGCGUACAUUCCCUCCAACGCUGUGGAUGCGAUAUAUGGUGCUAUCAGCGGAUCGAUUCAUAUACAAACCAAUGGGCAAAAUUUCUGGAUUGUGCCGUGUUUAAGCCAGGCAAAUUUGUCUUUCUCAUUCGGCCACGAUUAUUUGCCCAUUAACCCUCUCGAAUUGACGAGGCUGGCAACUUUUACUGACGGCAACACUCAAUACACUGUUUGCACUUCCGCAUUCCGUCCGCAACUGUCGAGUACAGGCUCGGAUAUGGAUUUUUUGCUUGGCGAUAUAUUCAUGCGCAACGUCUACUCUGUCUUCAACUUUGGUAAUUCCACAUCUAAUAACGACGACGACAAGGGUGCCUCGAUUCAAUUCCUUUCGAGGUCAAACAAGGAUCAGGUUUACCAGGAUUUUCAACAACAACGCACUCAGAACUUGAAGAACCUUCCGCCGUUGUAUGAUUUGUCCAAAAUUCAUUCCGACGGAACAUCUUCGGAUGGUGGACGUGUCAAUUCUUAGUUAGCGUACGUAUACACGACGAGGAGGAUCUUGUUGACGAGUAAAAGUAAAAAUAUUAUGUAGAGUUGCAAUAUAAUGACAGCAAACAUA